CCCUCCCUUCCCAGACGGACCGAGCCCUUUUCCUUUCCGAGGACUCGGAGAACAACAAUGGCCGCGCUCCCAUGCUGACUCCUGCAUUCCCGCCGCCGCGUGUCGCUCCCAAUGUCCGUGUCCAUGGCCAAGCGAGAGAGCGGCAGCACCAGCCCGGUGGUGAGGCAGAUCGACAAACAGUUCCUGGUGUGCAGCAUCUGCCUGGAGCGCUACCACAACCCCAAGGUGCUGCCCUGCCUGCACACCUUCUGUGAGAGAUGUCUGCAGAACUACAUCCCCCCCGAGUCCCUCACGCUGUCCUGUCCGGUGUGCCGCCAGACGUCCAUCCUGCCAGAGAAGGGCGUGGCCGCCCUGCAGAACAACUUCUUCAUCACCAACCUGAUGGAGGUCCUGCAGCGCGACACCGAGUGCAGCCCGCCAGCCGCCCGCAACGUCUUAGAGUCGGCCAGCCAGCCCCUGUCCUGUCCCAACCACGAGGGCAAGGUGAGUGGCCGCCUCGCUGCCGGCCCACACCCUGGAAAGCCUCACCCGCUGCCCCGCCCGCAGGUGAUGGAGUUCUACUGCGAGUCGUGUGAGACGGCCAUGUGCUUGGAGUGCACGGAGGGCGAGCACAGGGAGCACGUGACGGUCCCCCUGAGGGAUGUUCUGGAACAACAUAAGUCGGCGCUGAAGGGCCAGCUGGACGUCGUGCGCAACAGACUGCCGCAGCUGACGGCCGCCAUUGAGCUGGUCAACCAGAUCGCCAAACAGCUGACGGACAGGAAGAACGGUGCCGUGACGGAGAUCAACGCCACUUUCGAGGAGCUAGAGAAAGCGCUACAUCAGCGCAAGAAUGCUCUGGUCGCCGAGGUGGAGAACAUCUGCAGUGCCAAGCAGAAGGUUCUCCAAGGCCAGCUGACGUCGCUGCUGCAGGGCAAGGAGAACAUCCAGAGCAGCUGCGACUUCACCGAGCAGGCCCUGAGUCACGGCAGCGCCACCGAGGUCCUCCUGGUCCAGAAGCAGAUGGGCGAGCGGGUCAGCGCCCUGGCGCGCGACACCUUCCCCGAGCACCCCCAUGAGAACGGACACCUGGAGUGCCAGGUGGAGACGGACGGCCUGCGGCGCUCCAUCCAGAACCUGGGCGUCCUGAUCACCACGGGCGCCGUGGGCCACACCAGCGUGGCCACCGGCGAGGGCCUGCGACACGCGCUGGUGGGCCAGCACACCAGCGUCACGGUCACCACCAAAGACAAGGACGGCGAGCUGGUGAAGACGGGCAACGCCGCCCUGAGGGCCCAGAUCGUCUCGGCGGAGGGGGCGCGUGCCGACGCCGAGGUGGUGGACAACAAGAACGGCACCUACGAGGUGGGCUACACGGCGCGCUGCGAGGGCGAGUUCGCCUUCUCCCUGAUGCUGUACGAGCAGCACGUCCGCGGGAGUCCCUUCCGCCUGCGAGCCGUCAAGCCCUCAGACGUCCUGCAGUCGCCCGACGACGUCAAGAGGCGGGUCAAGUCCCCGAGCGGCGGCGGAGGGCACGUGCGCCAGAAGGCUGUGCGCCGACCCUCCAGCAUGUACAGCACCACCAAGAAGAAGGAAAACCCCAUCGAGGACGAGCUCAUCUACAGAGUGGGAACAAGAGGACGAGACAAAGGAGAGUUCACCAACCUUCAAGGCAUCUCCACCUCCAGCAACGCUCGCAUCGUCGUGGCUGACAGCAACAACCAGUGCAUACAGGUCUUCUCCAACGACGGACAGUUCAAGAUGAGGUUUGGGGUCAGAGGUCGCUCCCCGGGUCAGCUGCAGCGCCCCACAGGGGUGACGGUGGACAUGAACGGCGACAUCAUCGUGGCCGACUACGACAACAGAUGGAUUAGCAUCUUCUCCUCCGACGGGAAGUUCAAGAAUAAAAUCGGGGCAGGUCGUCUGAUGGGUCCCAAAGGCGUGGCGGUGGACAAGAACGGACACAUCAUCACGGUGGACAACAAGGCUUGUUGUGUCUUCAUCUUCCAGGCCAACGGCAAACUGGUCACCAAGUUUGGAGCCAGAGGGACGUCAGACAGACACUUUGCAGAAAAAAGCGGUGCAAACGUUGCGUUGGAACAAAAGCUCAGUAAAUCUGGACCGGCCUUUAGUCCUCACUUUGUGGCCGUCAACAACAAGAAUGAAAUAGUGGUCACAGACUUCCACAACCAUUCGGUCAAGGUGUACAACGCCGAUGGCGAGUUCCUCUUUAAGUUCGGCUCUCACGGCGAAGGCAACGGACAGUUCAACGCUCCGACGGGCGUGGCUGCGGACUCCAACGGCAACAUCAUCGUGGCCGACUGGGGCAACAGUCGCAUUCAGGUGUUCGACAGCUCAGGCUCCUUCCUGUCGUACAUCAACACGUCGGCGGACCCCCUGUACGGCCCCCAAGGCUUGGCCCUCACCUCCGACGGUCACGUGGCCGUGGCCGACUCUGGGAACCACUGCUUCAAGGUGUACCGCUACCUGCAGUAGCAACCAGGAAGUAGUCCACACACACACACACACACACACACACACACACACACACACACACACGGAUACACACACAUUCACAUUCACAUUGUUUGGGAUGAGUGGGCCUGGCCAAGAACAUCCACCACAGGCCUGAAACGUCCAGCUUGGACGUGUUUCUGGAGCCAUAGUGCAUGCACCUUUUCAUUACAGCAACCGCAGAGGGCCACGCUGGAAAGUACACCAGAUUUUUUUUCAUCUGUGAAAUUUAUGAGCGCCGUCUUAAAAUUUUACAAAUGUAUUGUCAGAAAAUUAUGAUUAAUUUUGUGAUCAUAAGACUUUUUUCAUUUAUUUAGAAUUUUUGUUUUGACUCAAUUCUCCUAAAAAUCUUUCGCAUUUUUAAUUAUUAUUUUUGCCACAUUUUGACUUUGUCAGAAAAUUAUGUAUUUUAGUAUUUACUUUCUGACAAUUUCAGUUAUACUCAUGAAAAUCAAAUAUAUUUUUAUGUAACAUCUCAUAAUUAAAAUAAUGAAUGUAUUCCCAUAAAAUAACUGUUAUACACAAAUACUACUCCAGUAUUUAUUCCUAGUUACACUUGACAUGUAUUGUCAUGAAAUUAUCUGGGGGUUUUUUGGCAGUAUUUUUCUGUUUUGUUCUAUCUUUUUUGCCACAUUAUGACUUUGUCACAAAAUUAUUUAUUUGUAUUAUUUACUUUCUCACAAUUUCAGUUAUUCUCAUGAAAAUCAAAUAUAUUUUUAUGUAACAUCUCAUAAUUAAAUAAAAUCACUUUUAUAAAAAAUAAAAUCACUAUUAUACACAAAUACUACUACAGUAUUUAUUCCUAGUAACACUUUAUAGUUAUUGUCAUGAAAUUAUCUGUUUUGUGAUAAUACGAAUAUGUUAUUAAAAUUAAACUAAUUUAAAUUAUUUUUAGAAUAUUUUUCUCUUGUUUUGUUUCUAUUUUUUUGUCACAUUAUAACUUUAUCAGAAUUUUUAUUAUUUACUUUUUAACAUUUUCAGUUAUUCUCAUGAAAAUCAAAUAUAUUUUAUGUAUUUUAUGUAAUGUCUCAUAAUUAAUAUAAUGAAUGUAUUCCCAUAAAAUCCCUAUUAAAUGACUAAUUAUACAUAAAUACUACUACAGUAUUUAUUCCUAGUAACACUUUACAUUUAUUGUCAUGAAAUUAUCUGUUUUGUGAUAAUACAAGUAUUCCCAUUAAAUUUGAAAUUGUAUUAAAAUUACAUCUUCUUUUUUUUGCCACAUUAUGACUGUCAGAAAAUGUUUUUUGCUCUCAUGAAGUUAUGUUUUUAUUCUAUAAUUAGGCAAUACAAUUCUAUAAUUACAAAAUCAAUUCAUUUUAUUAUUUUUAGAUUAUCAUAUUUUUUUCAUAUUUCAAUGUAUUUAAAAAAUAACGUAUUAAUUUAAUUAACUUUAUUUAAUCAUGGCACAAACAAUUAUAAAUGUCUUUCAAAUUACAAAAAUCUAUUUUUAUUUUUAUUUUUUUUCAUAUAUUUUGUUUUGUUCAAAUUUAAAUGUAUUUAAAAAAAAUAUUUUUUUAAUAUAAAUAACUUUAUUAUGGUAUUUUAAAAACAUGAAUUAAUUUAAUUAACUAUUUAAAUAUGACACAAACAAUUAGUCAAAUGUCUUCACAUGCAGUUUAGUUUUUUUCCUAGUAAGAUCACAAGUGAUCAUGAUUCAUAAACUAGUCAUUAAUUCUUAGUUUUGUUAUUUUUAUAAAAUUCCAAAUUGUUUGCCUUGUCCUAUUGAACCUUUUGUCCUCACAAAAAGUGAUUCUCUCAUAUUGCGACAAAUGUAAUUUUACAAAUUGAUGCCUUUUCAGGUCAUUUUGUGUUUUUUCCAGCGUGGUCCUAAAGUUUUUGGCAGCUUCUAUCAGCGCUCUUUUCUCUGUCACUCCUGCAGCAAAUGAAGGGUUUGCCCCAGAAAGGUGCCUUCAUUUGUUGCAUGUUGUCUACUUACACCAUGUUGUAUGUUAUGUGGAUACACCAUGUUGUGUACUUACAUCAUGUUGUAUGUUGUG